AUGCUUCGUAUCGGAGAGAGGCUGAUGAGGGCAGGCAGCGAGGGGAACCUGGUCCAGAGGGUACCACCAGCGCAGAGCCAGACUUCCUCUGCUGGGCUGAGGCAAGGAUCUAACGGGCGGACACAAGCUGCUGCCCUGCAGGACAGCACAGACUACACAGGAAAUAACUCAGGCAAAGAUCCUGGAUCUUCCUCUUCUGUGAUGGACAGCAGCAAAGACCCUCUGCUGCAGAAGAAGAAUCACAGCUCCAGCAAUCUUUUCUGUAACCCCAAUUCGGCCCCUCGCUCCCCCAGCACUUUACCUCGAAGCUCCGCCUCCUCUGCUGCAGGAACCAGAGACAGCCAAUCAGACAGCUUGAUGAAGAUAAAGGAUGUGGAGAGGAAGAAGGAGGUGUUACUGGACAUCCUAAAGCAGAAGUACCCUCACCACGCUGCCAUAAUCAUGGGACACCAGCCGGGGAGUACCUGGUCGACUGACAGUGUCCCCUCGGUGGGAGGUUUGGUCCUGAAGGAGCAGGACUCUGCAGAGAUGUCUGAUGGAGACCUCCCCUCCCCCUCUGCUCCCUUCACACGGGGCUGCAAGAGCAGAGCAAGUUUACCUGUGGGACGGUCGGGAGGUCACACAGGAGAGAGGCCACUUGGUGUGUUGUACCUUCAGUAUGGGGAGGAGACGAAGCAGGUGAGGAUGCCAGCUGAGAUGAGCUCUCAGGACUCUCUGCACGCUCUGUUUGUCACCGCCUUCCCCCACCAGCUCACCAUGAAGAUACUGCAGUCUCCCAAUGUGGCGAUUUACAUCAAAGACACCAGCCGCAACUUCUACUACGAGCUUGACGACAUAAGAAACAUCUCGCCACACUCCUGCCUCAAGGUUUAUCAUAAAGACCCGGCACACAUCUUCAACCGCCAUGCCAGACCUGUGAAGACAGAGGGGAGGAUCUCUAAAGAGAUUUUGUACGGGAGCCACAGUCCGAUUCACAGUCGCUCUUCAUCGGGCCGCAGUACCCUGCAAAGUCUACAGGGCUCCAUGUCCCCCCCAAUGGUACGCUCCAUGCCCUCUUCUCCGUCCAGGAGAGUGUACGGUGGGGGGAGUGCAGGAGGGGUGGCAGGGGAUCUGGGCUGCUCAACGUUACCACGGGAACGCCUGUCAGGGGCGGGGCUAUCCAGGUCCCUGUGCACCAACAGCAGUAGCUCCAUCCUGGAGAGGAGGGAUGUCAAACCAGAUGAAGAUGCUGACAACACUAAGUCCAUGGCUCUGGUCCUGCGUGGUGAAGGAGGUUCACAUUACGCAGACUCGUACAGCUCCUCCCUGCAGGAUGGAGGAGGUCGACUCAGCGUGGCUUCCUCUCAGUGCAGCGCUCCACCCUCCCUCACUUCAGACCUGCUGGACUCUGGGGGAGCAGGGAUCCCAGGGACUUUGCAGCAGUACCGGGCCUCUGUCAAACCUCUGAUGGGCUACGGAGAAACCCUUGACCAGCAGACCCGAUCCCUGCACAGGCCGAAGAGCAGGAAGUAUGGGGACAGUCACCUUCCUCCUCUGGGAACAAGGACCCCGCCUGCCUCCCCUCAGAGAGCCAGUGAGGUCAGACUGACUGACGGACAGAUCAUCGGAGGGGUCGGCUUGGUGUCUGCAGAGAGGAUGUCCCCGAUGCGACGAUCUCUUCGGCGGGACAGUAAUGGAUCCGUGGAAAUAGUUAACAAAGGCAGAGGCUCAUCCUCCUCCACCUCCUCUGUUUUCUUUGACAGCCCACUGGGAACACCUGAUAGGCUGUAUCAGGGUCAUGUGACUCCCAGCACCCCCCAGAGUGAGAGGAUGAAGGCCAUGGAAGAGCAAAUAGCGAGUCUGGCAGGUCUGGUUCAUCACGCUCUGUCCAUGGGAGCUGAUAUUCCAGGAGUAAAGGACACUAUCAGUGAUUCUGCAGGACAUAAACUCCUCAACAGCAGACAUGGUGUGUCACUGGAGCACCAGAAGCCUGCUGCUUUGAUUGACAGCUACAAAAGCCCGCCCCUGGCCCUUCAGGCUCCUCCUCCUCAUGACAGUGAGCUGCAGCAGAGUUUGAAGUUAGCGAAAAGAAAUGUGGGCGAGCUGAGACUGCAGCUCAACCAGCUCAGACAACAGCAGCUGCUGAACCAGCAGAGUGUGAACUCUAUGCUGCAGAUGGCCGGUCAGGAGCUCCUGCUUCUGAUGUGUGAUCGUGUGAAUCAGAGUGAGGAGGCCACAUUCAGGCGGAGAGCAGAGAUGGAGGAGGAGAGGAUCCUCUAUUUGAGGACAGAGGAGGCCAUCCUCAACCAGCUCAGUGAGCUGGAGGUUUAUGUGGACCACCUGCAGAAAAGCUCCGCCUCCAGUCCUGGCCAGCUGUCAAUCACUCUGAGAGACGUGGAGGAAGCGGCCGUGAAUCUGCGGCGAGUCGGAGAGGCUCUGGCUGUUCUUAAAAGUGAGUUUCCUGAGCUGCAGGUGAAGCUGCGCUCUGUGCUGCGUCUGGAGGUGGAGGCGGUGCGAUUCCUGAAGGAGGAGCCUCAUAAGAUGGAUGCCAUGUUGAGAAGAGUCCGAAGUCUGACUGAGGCCCUCAGCUCUCUGCGCAGGUGUGUAUCAGAGUCCAACCCCCCCACAAAACCAGCCCAGGAGGAGGCUCCUCUGAAGGAGGCAGAGCAGGGAUCCCUGAAAUCCUCCCCCAAACCUCAGCCCCGCUCCUCUGUCAAACCUCCGCCACAGGCCCCUGCCCCCUCUGAGGUCAGCCUGGAUGGCUCCGCCUCUCCUAUCACGGUCCGCAGGAUGAAGAACACUGCAGCCUCAGGAGUCCAGCCCCACCACCAUCACCCCAGCCCCCCUCUGACCCCCACUCAUGGGCGAGACUCCCCCACUGUGGCCAAGACUGCACACAGACAGCCACCAGAGGGCGGUACGAGUAAAGAAACCAGCACCAUGAACCAGUCCACAACCAGGCCUGGAUCCAGUCAGAGCUCCAGCACAAAGCAGCAAAGGUCCAACUCCAGAGGGGGGCGCUCUGAGGAUAGGACCUCUGUUCAGAAACAAGAGGGCACACCUGAAGCCAUUGCACCCACAGCUCCUGCCCCCUCACAGACUCCUGCAGCUUCCUCUUCGGAUCCCCCCUCUGUUCCUCCGUCAGCUCCAACGACCUCAGAGCGCAGCAGUCGACCUCAGGUGGAGAAGCCUCGACGCUCCAGUGUGGAGAGAGAGCUGAAGCAGAGUCCAGACAGAGCGGGACGAUCUCCUCCUCCUCCUCCACCUCGAAGGUUUAAUGCAGCCAGCUCAAGUGCGAGUACAGCCAGGCCAGCAGAGGAGGAGCUCACCAGGAGAGAGCCGCUGGGAGCUCAGGAUGAGGAUGACAAAGACAAAAAGACUCCCCAGCCCAAGCCUCCCCGACAGCCCCCAGAGAUCAAACCUAAACCCGUCCUGUCUGCUCCUCCGUCUUUAACUCUGGCUGCAGCCUCUGCACAGAAGGAUGUAGAGAAGAAGAAGAACGAGAAGGAGGACAACCAGGUCAUAAAGGAGCUGCAGGUGACCACAAAGAUAUGCAAUGAGAAUAAUUUGUCCAGCAGUAAUGAAAACUGGAAAAAGGCAUUGAAGACACCUGCAACAGCACAGGUGAUCAAUCAGAAUCCCUCUGACCCCCAGGUGGCUCCUCACCUGGGUGGUUCACAAUCUUGCCCUCAGAAACUCAAAGACAGUAAAGCUGUGAGUCACAGUGAGAGAUCUCAGAAGAAAGAAGCAGAUGAGUUGGUUCAACAGGUGACAUCUUUAAAAUCACAGUGGGAGGUGGAGAUGUCCCCAAAUGAGGCAUCACACAGUCUCCAGACUGUUCAAAUCAAAACAGACAUAAAAACUGAAGUUUCACUGCCUGCAGCUCCGAGAGACAAUCCGACUAUCAAAAAGACAGAGGAGGAGAAAACCACAAAUCAGAAUAAAGCACGUAAAACAGUCACACCUCCAGUGCCACUACAAGAAAGCAACUGUGAAGAUGUUUGGCUCCCAAGGGAAGUGCCUUUACCCGUAGCUUCACCAGAUGUUCAGACUGACACAAAGAAAGACGAGGUGAAAACAUCAACCCAACAGACAGCAAUGCCAGAGGAGCUUACUGCUACAUCUCCACACAAAGAGAGCGUUCCUAAGAAGAGUGUUUCACCAGUGUGCUCUCCAACCACAGCAGAGAAAAAAGUGAAGUUCACAACUAUCGUCACUCUCCAAAAAGACACCAGUCAGACGAGCACUGAGCAGAAGCAGGAAAAGGCCGUGAGAGAUGCUCAAGCUGAGAAAAAGUCCAAUCUGACAGUAGUGUUAACAUUACAAAAAGAAAACCCUACAGAUGACAGCUCGGGGGAGACAUCAGCCCGGCACCAGCAGGUCGAGACCCUGAGUUCGCAUCAGGACUGGGCCGAGUCUACGCCAGUCCUCAAACGUUAUCCUCCUUCACCUGAUCUGACUCACACAGACAGCUGCACGGAGCAGCAGAAGCAAAAGGAAACAAAGCAGGAACCCAGGGACCGAUCACAGUACACUGAAGACGGGGGCAGUCUAAGUCCUGAUAUGUGUGACGAUGAAGGGCCCCCUCCUCCCCCUCCUCCCACUGGUAAAAUCAGCCUCAGAUUCUCCAAGUACAGAUCAAGGGCCAUGUCUAAAGAGGAAGACCCAAGCAAAACUAGUGGAUCUGACUUACAGAUGGUAGCCGUGGACAGCAGUGGUGAACCCAUUUAUCUCGGGUAUGAAAACCAAGGGUUUGAAGAAAGAGAUGACUUUGACAAGAAACCUAUUAUAGUCAUCCUGAAUGAACCAAUGGACUUUCAGUCAGCCUGUAAGCGUCUGUCUACCAUCUUUGAAAGUGAGGAAGAUCUAGACCGGAUUCUCUCUUCAGAAAAUCUUGUGGUUGAAGACGAGUUUCAGCAGGAACAGAGAGAGAGCAUAAGAAGAAUAAAUAUCAGUGAAAUAAAUUCAAGCUUAGGCCUUAAAAACAUCACAGAAAAUGGUCAGACUUCUCUUCCCCAGAGACCUUCAGCAGGUAAUGGCACAAUACCUGAAAAUCAGGAGAGUAAACCAGACUCACCUAAGAAAACAGAGACCAAAAAGAAAUUCAAAUUCAAGUUCCCCAAAACCAAAUUGGCAGCAAUCAGCCAGGCCAUUCGAACAGGGACGACCAAAGCAGGGAAGAAGACUCUUGAGGUUGUCGUCUAUGAGGAAGAGGAGGAGAUAGAGCCAGUCAUGGAGGCCAAGAAGCAAACAAAGAUGUCUAAGGAGACCAGCGGUACCAAACAAUCCAGCCAGGAUGAGAUCAAGGACUCCUCGCCAGUCGCUACCAAAAACUUAAAGUCACAGAGCCAUGUAGAAGAGAUCUGCAAGAACGCAUUUGACUCCAUGGACAGUCUGGAAGAGUCCAUAAAACUGCUGGAAAUCAGUGUGGACAGCAUCAGUGCUCCUUCUUCACCUGCCUCCACUGGGUCCUCCCCUCCUCAGUCCCCUGAUUCCUCCCUCAACUCCACUAACAGAGCUCAGUUUAAAGACAAGGUCAGACGAGAGAGGGAGAGAAGCCCGUCUAAAAGGCCAGCCUCUCAGAUCCUUAAAGGCCCGAAUCCACCUCAGAGUAAGAGGGCCAAAGCCCAGCCUCUGCCAGACACAGCGAAAACCACCACCAAGAAACAGACUUCCAGCUCCUCUGCCCAGCGACCUCACACAAAGUCACGCCACUCGUCCUCCUCAAGCACAGAGAAGACGACCAAGAGCCAGCCAGCCAAUCAGAAGCAGCCCAGCCAGCCACAUGUUGUCACCAUCCCACGCUAACAUCGGCCCCACCAACCACGGGCCUCGCAGCACCAGCAAGGGCCAGCAGCGCCUCGUCCUGGCCUCCGCCUCCCAACAACGGUACUGCUCUUCAUCCUCCUAUUCUUCAUCCUCUUCUUCCCCCUCCUCCUCC